UGCUCAGUAGUAUUUUAACAGCUGUGCUGUUCGUACCAUACACAUUCAACGAUUGAACCAAGAUCUGACAACACCCUAAAAACAAAAAAUAGUACAAAGUUAUUCAAAAUGUGCAUUCUCAUAGAUUGUUUAUUAAGCCCAUUAAUUGUGUUGCCAGCUAUUAUCGGCGUGGGCAUAUACUUCUUGAAAGAGUACAUGCAAGGUGGAAAGUUUACGAAGGACACCGAUGAGACCGGAAAGGUAUUUAUUGUCACCGGUGCCAACACUGGAAUUGGCAAGGAGACGGCUCUGGAGAUCGCCAGACGUGGGGGAACUGUGUACAUGGCCUGCAGGGAUAUGAACCGAUGUGAAAAGGCGCGCAAGGACAUCAUCAAGGAGACAAAUAAUCAGAAUAUAUUCUCUAGAGAGCUGGACUUGAGUUCCCAAGACUCCAUUCGCAAAUUUGUAGAUGGCUUUAAGAAGGAGCAACCAAAGCUCCAUGUCCUGAUCAACAAUGCCGGCGUGAUGCGCUGUCCCAAGACCUUGACUAAGGAUGGCUACGAACUGCAAUUGGGAGUAAACCACAUUGGCCACUUUUUGCUAACUAACUUGUUGCUCAACGUGCUGAAGGACUCCACUCCCAGUCGCAUUGUCGUAGUUUCCAGUCUGGCACAUACACGUGGCUCUAUUAACGUGGCUGACCUGAACAGCGAGAAGUCGUAUGAUGAGGGCUUAGCCUAUAGCCAGAGCAAGCUGGCCAACGUCCUGUUCACCCGGGAAUUGGCCAAGCGUUUGGAGGGUAGCGGCGUCACAGUAAAUGCACUUCACCCUGGUGUGGUAGAUACUGAGCUGGGCCGGAACUGGGCGUUCUUUCAGACAAACCUUGCGAAGUUCGUUUUGAAGCCUAUGAUUUGGCCGCUUUUAAAGACACCGCAAAGUGGAGCACAAACCUCGAUCUAUGCUGCUCUGGAUCCGGAACUGAAGGACAUCUCCGGCCUGUACUUCAGCGACUGCAAGCCAAAGCCUGUGGCUCCUGGUGCCUUGGACGAUAAGCUUGGAAAGUUCCUGUGGACCGAGAGUGAGAAAUGGACCGGCUUAGAUAAGCCAGAAGCUAAAGAAGUAAAGAAGUCCGAGUAGUGUAAGAACAAGCCGUUUAUUAUACUGUAAUACUAGCUG